AUGGAUCCAGCAGAGCUUCGGGAGCUUCUGAGUCAACAAGAGAAGAGGUUAGAAGAGUUGGUGCAGCUGUUGCACUCUCCUGCACAGCGCCCAACUAUACCAGAACCCUCGACGGCUUCUGCUCACCCUGAGUCAGCGCCCAGUUCAAGUAGAGGUCCAAGUUCUCCAGCAAUCAUCGCCAUUCCCGAAAGAUAUGACGGCAAUCCAGAUAAGUGCAAGGGCUUCCUCAUGCAAUGUUCCAUCACUGAGCCUGAGCCAAUGCAGCUGGGCCGAGCUCCACUGACCAAUGAAGAACGCCAACGGCGAUACCAAUUCAGGUUAUGCUAUUACUGUGGGGAAGCUGGUCAUCAAAGGAGAGAAUGCCCAGUGCACCCCCCUAGACGGGACUUCCUGCCUAACACCCGGGUAAGAGUAUCCGCCCUCCUAAAUGUUUCUGCCAAACAGUUUUCUGUACCUGUCCUGAUUUCCUGUGGAUCUAAAUCAUUAUCCCUCACAGCGCUAGUGGACUCUGGUGCUGCAGGCAACUUUAUCGACGAAGAACUGGCCCGAAAACUAAAGGUGUCAUUACGGUCCAUUAAUCCACCCCUGUACAUCAAUUCACUGGAUGGUCAACCUUUAGGGAAAGGAACAGUGACCCAGCAAACCUCCCCUCUACAGUUACAAGUCGGCGCACUGCAUCAUGAGCACUUGCAGUUGUUAGUUAUCACAUCCCCCAAAGAUCCCCUGGUACUUGGUCAUCCAUGGCUGUGCUUACAUGAUCCGGUCAUUUCUUGGAGUCAGGGAGAACUUCAGUCCUGGAGUUCGCAUUGCCUUUCCUCCUGCCUAGCACUUCCGUGUCGUUCAACUUCAAUCGAGAGUCCUAAUACAGUCAAGCCGGAGAAGGUCCCCACCGAAUACCAAGAGUUCUUGGAUGUGUUCAGCAAGAAGGGGGCGGCCACUCUUCCUCCACACCGUUCAUGGGACUGUGCCAUUGACCUAUUGCCUGGGUCAUCACCACCACGAGGUAAAAUUUAUCCACUUUCCAUUCCUGAAUCAGAAGCUCUUGAUCAGUACAUUGAUGAGGCUUUGAAACAGGGAAUAAUUCGCCCUUCUACAUCCCCUGCAGCAUCUAGUUUUUUCUUUGUAGAAAAGAAGGAUGGAGGACUUCGUCCCUGCAUUGACUACCGAGGCUUGAACAAUCUUACGGUAAAGUUCCGUUACCCACUCCCAUUGAUCCCUGCAGCCCUAGAGCAAGUCCGAAAAGCCAAUGUAUUCACCAAAUUAGACCUCAGAAGUGCAUAUAAUCUCAUCCGCAUACGUGAAGGAGAUGAAUGGAAAACAGCCUUCAUCACCACUAGAGGGCACUAUGAGUACCUAGUAAUGCCAUAUGGCCUAGCCAAUGCUCCGGCAGUAUUCCAGUCUUUCAUGAAUGAGAUCUUCCAUGAUAUGAUUAACCAAUUCUUGAUAGUAUAUAUUGAUGACCUCCUUAUCUACUCUUCCAGUCUCUUUCAACACAUUCAGCAUGUCCAGCAGGUGCUUCAACGGCUCCGAGAACAUCACUUGUUUGCAAAAGCUGAGAAAUGUGAGUUCCAUCAAGUUACCAUUCCGUUCCUAGGGUAUGUGCUGGGUCCUGACGGAGUUCGAAUGGAUGACAGCAAGGUUUCGGCUGUUCGCAAUUGGCCAGAACCAAGGACAGUAAAGGAGUUACAGAGGUUCAUGGGCUUUGCAAACUUCUACCGACGCUUUAUACGGAACUUUAGCUCAGAAGCUGCACCUCUCACAGCAAUGAUUCGAAAGGCGACAAAGACACUCCACUGGAAUGAUUCGACCCGUACUACUUUUCAGCAUCUGAAGGAGUUAUUCACCACUGCACCUGUACUGAAGCAACCUGACCCAGCUCUACCAUUUGUAGUGGAAGUGGAUGCAUCUGAGGUAGGGGUGGGUGCAGUUUUAUCACAACGCCAUGGUACUCCUUCUAAGUUGUAUCCCUGUGCUUUUUACUCCUACAAACUGUCUUCAGCAGAGAGAAACUACGAUAUAGGGAACAGGGAGUUACUGGCCAUCAAACUAGCGCUGGAAGAAUGGAGACAUUGGCUAGAGGGAGCUAUUCACCCAUUCGUUGUGCUAACAGAUCACAGGAACCUUGAAUACAUUCGAGAAGCAAGAAGACUUAACCCAAGACAAGCCAGGUGGGCCCUGUUUUUUACUCGUUUCAAUUUCACUGUCACGUACCGUCCGGGUACAAAAAAUAUCAAGGCAGAUGCUCUUUCCAGACAGUUUGAAGCUCCAAACAGGUCUUCAGUUCCAGACACCAUCAUACCAUCGUCCUCAGUGGUGGCACCAGUCAGGUGGGAGAUAAUGGACGCCAUACAAGAUGCUAUUCGCACAGACCCAGGACCACCAGAUUCACCACCUGACAAGACCUAUGUCCCAGCCACCAUCCGUCCUCAACUCCUGCAGUGGGUACACACUUCUCUCAGCUCUGGUCACCCUGGAAUAACACGAACAAAAGAACUGAUCUCCCGGAGGUUCUGGUGGCCCUCACUUACCGAUGACGUCAAAGACUUCGUUCUCUCCUGUCCAGUUUGUGCCCAGUCCAAAAGUUCACGCGCCUUACCCUCAGGUAUGUUGGAACCUUUGCCCAUUCCAGCUAGACCUUGGUCACACAUAGCCAUGGAUUUCAUUACCGACUUACCACCGUCAAGCAGUUAUACCAUCAUUUUAGUCAUUGUGGAUCGUUUUUCCAAAAUGUGUCGACUAAUCCCACUGUCAGGCCUUCCUACGGCCAUGGAGUUGGCUGAGUAUGUAUUCAAUCAAGUCUUCAGGUUUUAUGGGAUUCCAGAGGACAUCGUCUCAGACAGAGGACCCCAGUUCACCUCUCGGGUUUGGAAGGCCUUCUGCGAACGCCUAGGGGUCAGCGUCAGCCUAUCCUCAGGUUACCACCCCCAAUCUAAUGGCCAGACAGAACGGCUUAACCAGGAGAUUGGGCGUUUCCUGCGUCAAUACUGCUCCAAUAAUCAAGCAGAUUGGAGUCGGUAUCUCUCAUGGGCUGAAUAUGCCCAAAACUCCCUUGUUCAUACCUCUCUAAGAUUAACCCCUUUCCAGUGUGUUCUAGGCUACCAACCACCAUUGUUUCCAUGGGAAGCAGAAUCCAGUGAGAUUCCCGCCAUUGACGAGUGGUUUCGUAGGAGUGGUCAGGUGUGGGAGACGGCUCAUGUACAACUCCAGAGAGCAAUCAGAAGUCAGAAAAGGUUUGCAGAUCGCCACCGUCGCCCCACUCCCAUCUUCCAUCCUGGUCAACGGGUGUGGCUGUCAACACGGGACAUUAAGCUCCGUCUCCCCUCAAAAAAGCUUAGUCCCAAGUACAUAGGUCCUUUUAAGAUUAUUAAACGUAUUAAUCCUGUGACGUAUCGUCUACAGCUACCCCCCAGAUACCGAAUCACUCCAACCUUUCAUGUUUCUUUACUGAAGCCCGUUUUCUUCAGCCCCAUGAAUCCACCUGCAGGUUCUACCCAUCCUCCCCCUCCUCUUGAUGUUGGUGGCGAGCCAGCCUACUCAGUUCAUGCACUCCUGGACUCCAGACGCCGUGGAGGACAGCUACAGUACCUAGUGGAUUGGGAAGGAUAUGGCCCUGAGGAGCAGUCAUGGGUCCCAGCGCGUGACAUCCUUGACCCUUCGCUAAUUGAGGACUUCCACCGCACCCACCCUGAUCGGCCAGCUCCUCGGCCUCGUGGUCGCCCACCCAGAAGGCGGUCUGGGGCGUCAGCCGCUGCCUCGGUGGGUGGAGACCCUCACGGGAACAUGGCUGUGCAAAGGGAGAGGAGAGCUGCAGGGGAUCCACCCUAUUGGGCAUAUUCAGGAACCCAUGGGCCCGGGAGAUGGGCAGCCUCCUACCCUGAAUGCGGAGAGAAGAACCAAUCACCUGUCGAUAUUUCUGACGAUGACGCCCAGGUUUCUCAGGAGUGUCAGGAGUUGACCCUGGAGGGCUUUGAGACCAAGUCAUCCAACAAGACCUUAAUGAAAAACACAGGCAAAACAGUUUCCAUUCUCUUGAGGAAUGAUUACUUUGUGCAAGGUGCUGGCCUGCCUGGUCGCUUCAAAGCUGAGAAGGUGGAGUUUCACUGGGGACAGAUGAACGGGUCAGUUGGCUCUGAACACAGCAUCAACGGAAUAAAGUUUCCAGUGGAGAUGCAGAUUUACCUGUAUAAUCCUGAUGACUUUGACAGCCUUAACACUGCCAUAAGGGAGAGGAGAAUUAUCGCUGCUAUAGCUGUCUUCUUUCAGGUGGGGAGAAAGGAUAACAGUGCAGUUGAACCUGUCAUUACGGGACUGAAGCGUGUUGUACAUCACGAGAAGGAGACGUUUCUGGGCUCGUUUGUCCUGAGAGACCUGCUCCCGUCGUCGCUGGGGAGCUAUUACCGCUACACGGGCUCCCUGACAACGCCGCCGUGCAGUAAAGUGGUGGAGUGGAUCAUCUUUAGUCGCCCCGUCUAUCUGUCUCAUCACCAGCUGGAAGCCUUCUACUCCAUCUUCACUACGGAGCAGCAGGACCACGUGAAGUCGGUGGAGUAUCUGAGGAACAACCACAGGCCCACGCAGGACCUGGACAGCCGCCAGGUCUACAAAUCUGCUGUGAGAGAAGCGUGGCUUCCUGAUCUGAUGACUGACAGUCUGGCAAAUCCCUCGGGCACUGACUCCUCUCGAGUCUGCAGCAGCGCUCCCAUCAACAUGAAGGUCAAGGCCCUGAACGGGUCAGCUCUGGUUGUGACCUGGGAUCGACCGCUCACCGUCUACCACCCGCCCGUGGUGAGUUUUCUCAUCUCCUACAGCUGGGUCAAGGAUGACGUGGCUUAUGAGAAGACCUUCACCCAAACCAGCAACCUGAAGACGAGGGCAGUGAUCACACACGUGUCUCCAGAUAUUCUGUAUCUGUUCAGAGUGCAGGCCGUUUGUCAGCGUGAUCUUCGCAGUGACUUUAGCCAAACAUUGUUAUACAGAGCAAACACAACUAGGAUAUUUGAAGGAUCCAGAAUUGUCAAAACUGGAAUGCCGACAGUGUCUCCAGCUUCCUCUGCAGACAUGGCUCCUAUCAGUUCUGGCUCCUCCACCUGGACAUCCGCUGGACUCCCGUUCUCCUUUGUCUCCAUGGCAACGGGCAUGGGCCCGCCCUCCAGUGGGGGCCAGGCAACAGUGGCAUCCGUGGUAACCAGCACUCUGUUGGCAGGGCUGGGCUUCAGUGGAGGAGUCAUAUCAUCUCUACCAGGUUCCUUCUGGCCUACCCACUCUACGAAGCUUAACCCCGCCCCUACCCAGCAACCGGCCCCUCCCACCUCUGAGACAGCCCCCUCUGACUCCACUGCCCUGCCCUCUGAGGAAGGCACAGGAACCAAGGAACAAGAGGAAGAAGAGAGUGAGAGAGAAGGAGAGGAGGAAGAGGAGGAGACAGAAGAAGAGAGAGAGGAGGAGAAACGAAAGAAAAGCAAGACAGCGCUGGAAAAGGAGAAAAAGCAAAGGAAUAGUACCACAGCACUGCAACCUCCUGCUCCGACUCCGGCUGCUACAUCUAAAGAGAAAAGACCAGGACAGUCUGAUGCCAAAGCUAAACCCACCACAGUGCCACCAAGUGAUAUAGAUGACAGGUUCACCCUGGUCACCCAGGGACCCUUAGGUGAAGACUCUGUCAACAUGCAACUACCCAGCAGCCCAACCAGGACCACAGGACUAGCCAGUGAGGACAGGAGCAUCUGGCCUGUGUACAUACACACUGAGGGGAACACUAUCUCCACGGUAACCAGGGGCCCUGUUUGGGUGGGGAGCCGGGUGGAGUGGAUCAUUCCGCUGAUGGUGGUGUCAGCUCUCACCUUGCUCUGUCUAAUUAUGCUAUUGGCAGCUCUAAUAUACUGGAGGAUGAAGAGCAUCUGUUCUCUGCUUUGUAUUAAGCACAGGAGGUUUUUCCAGGCUGCUCAUUUGUAUGUAGAGGAGAGGAGUUCCCCCAGAGUCAACAGUAAUGAGAGUUUCCCAGUCCUCUCCAUACCUGAUGAGUUGGAGGCAAUCUCAGUCAGACAGUUUAUCAAACACACCAUGGAACUUUACUCAAACAACCAGCAUGGCUUCUCACAGGAGUUUGAGGAAGUGCAGCAUUGCUCAGCAGAUAUGAAAAUAACGGCUGAACAUUCGAACCACCCCGACAACAAGCACAAAAACAGAUACAUCAACAUUGUCACCUAUGACCACAGUCGAGUGAAGCUGCAGCCUCUGUCGGGAAAGGACUUCAAACGUAGUGACUACAUCAACGCCAACUAUGUCGAUGGCUACAACAGACCAAAAGCUUACAUUGCCACCCAGGGUCCUCUGAGAUCCACGUUUGAAGAUUUCUGGAGACUGAUCUGGGAACAGAACACCAGGGUCAUCGUAAUGAUUACCAAUCUGGUGGAAAAGGGCAGAAGAAAAUGCGAUCAGUAUUGGCCCUCGGAGAACAGCGAAGAAUACGGCAACAUCCUGGUGACCCUUAAGAGUACUAAAGUCCACGCCUGCUACACGAUGCGUCAUUUCCUUAUACGCAACGCCAAACAGAAAAAGGGUCCAAAAGGGAGACAGGGUGAGCGUUUGGUGGUACAGUACCAUUACACACAGUGGCCUGACAUGGGUGUACCUGAGUACACACUACCGGUGCUGACUUUCAUCAGACGCUCGUCUGCGGCCCAAAGCCCCAGCUGUGGCCCUGUGGUGGUCCACUGCAGUGCUGGAGUGGGUAGAACUGGCACAUACAUCGUCAUUGACAGCAUGUUACAGCAGAUGAAGGACAGAGGAACAGUCAACAUCCUUGGAUUCCUAAAACAUAUCCGCACACAACGCAACUACCUAGUACAGACAGAGGAGCAGUAUGUGUUUAUCCAUGAUGCUCUGAUGGAGGCCAUACUGGGGAGAGAGACGGAGGUGCCUGCCUAUCAGCUUCACAGUUAUGUCAGUUCCAUCCUCACGUCCAGCCCUGCCGGCCGCACUCGUCUGGAGAAACAGUUUAAGCUGCUGAUGCAGUGUAAUGCCCAGUUCCUGGAGUGCUUCAGUGCUCAGAAAGACUGCAACAAAGAGAAGAACAGAAACUCCUCUGUUGUUCCCUCGGAGAGAGCGCGAGUAGGUCUGGCUCCCGUCCCCGGAGUAAAGGGCACAGAUUACAUCAACGCCUCCUACAUUAUGGGCUACUACCGGAGUAAUGAGUUCAUCAUUACCCAGCAUCCUUUGCCUCACACCACCAUGGAUUUCUGGAGGAUGAUCUGGGACCACAAUGCUCAGGUCAUUGUCAUGUUACCGGAUAACCUGGGCUUGACCGAAGACGAGUUUGUGUACUGGCCCAGUCGAGAGGAGCCCAUGAACUGUGUGGCGUUUACUGUCACUCUCAUUAACACAGACAGAUUGUGCCUGUCUAACGAAGAGCAGCUCAUUAUUCAUGACUUUAUCCUGGAGGCGACACAGGACGACUAUGUGCUGGAGGUACGUCAUUUCCAGUGUUCAAACUGGCCUGACUUGGAUGCCCCCAUCAGUCACACCUUUGAGCUCAUUGGAAUCAUCAGAGAGGAAUCCAUGAACAGAGAUGGCCCCACCAUAGUCCACGAUGAGUUCGGGGGGGUGUCGGCAGGGAUGCUCUGCGCUCUGACGACGCUGUCUCAGCAGCUGGAGAGUGAGGGAGCUGUUGACGUUUACCAGGUGGCUAAAAUGAUCAACCUCAUGAGACCGGGAGUUUUCAUAGACAUUGAACAUUACCAGUACCUGUAUAAGGCAAUGCUUAGCUUGGUGAGUCAAAGGGAAAACAAGCCUGGCUCCGCUUACAUCGACAGAAACGGAGCAAUGGUCAUAAUCGAUGAAUCAAACCCGGCCGAAAGCAUGGAGUCACUGGUGUGA